AUGCCCAGGCAAGCUUCAUUUGACAUCACGCCCGAAAAGGAAGCAAGCAAGCUCCAGUUCUUACGCCGGCAGUUCUUUGGAGCCCCACCUGCGGUGUCCCGACGUGAUGUCGACUUGAAGGGCAAAAUAGCCAUCGUUACGGGAGCUAGCGGUGGCAUCGGCCUUGAGUAUUCGCGACAGCUUCUCAGCCUUGGACUAAGCCGACUCAUUCUCGCCGUCCGUAAUGAGACUAAAGGCGAGAUUGCCCGCAAGGCUCUGACCAACGCGACAGACCUCGAGCCCAGCCAGUCGAUCGAGGUGUGGAAGCUGGAUUAUGCGUCUUACGAGUCCAUCAUGGCCUUUGUGCAGCGGGUCGAGGGCCUUAGCCCACGAGUCGACGUUGCCAUCCUCAACGCCGGCAUCAAUCGCAGCUCCUUUAACCUAAACCCGAAGACGGGCCACGAGGAAGACCUACAGACCAACUACCUCUCGACUAUGCUGCUGGUGCUUCUCCUACUCCGGGUCUUUGAGCGAGCUACACAUACCACCAACCCGUCUCAACUAUCUCCGGGACGGAUUGUCGUCGUGUCCUCCGACACCGCCGCGUGGGCCAAAUUCCAUGAGAAAACUAAGGAGCCGCUGCUCCCAGCCUUUGAUGACAAGGGGGCCAAGUGGGAUGGUUUCAACCGCUACGCUACCACCAAACUUCUAGGUCAGCUGUUCAUAACCGAACUGGCGAGGCGCGUGCCGCCGGCGCUGGCCGUCGUCAAUUGCGCAAAUCCAGGCCUCUGCUACGGCUCCGACCUGGGCCGGGAGCUUGGCUUGGGUGCUGCUGUCUUCAUCCGGGUCUUUGGCCGUUCGUCGUCUGUUGGUGCGCGUACUCUCGUGCAUGCCGCUACCCAGCUGGACGACAGCUAUCACGGGCAGUACGUUGAGGAUUGCAAAUUGAGACCGUACGUGCUUUCUCUCUUAUCUCAGGUAUUGAUGACCCCAUUUAUUGCGAGCCAUAGAAGCGUAAGGGAUAUCAACUCGCGAUGA